CUGGUGCUGCUCCGCCCCAGACCCGGAGGUGUCGGGAGGAGGGUAAGGCUGCUGGGGGAGGAGGUAGAGAGAGUCGAGUUAGAGCUCUGCUGCAACUGCGUGAUGUCUUGUGACCAUGGCUCUGGAGCCUCGGAAAGGGCGGGACUACGUUCUCUCAGAACCGUUAGGCCACUCACAGUGGAGGAAGCGCUAACAGGACAGUCGCACAAGCCAACCGCAGCCGGAGCUCUGCAGGUGUACCUGGGUGGAGACUUCACGCCCUGCCGUUGCAGUUCUAAGAACAGGUGGAAUUGGCUAUGGAUAAUUCAUACAAUUUCAAUGAACAAGGCUCAUGGAAUGGAAUCUCAUCUGAAAAGAAAAAGAAUUUCCUUGCAUCAGAAGAUCAUGGACAGAAAAUUUUAAGUGUUCUACAGAGUUUUAGAGAACAGAAUGUCUUUUAUGAUUUCAAAAUAAUCAUGAAAGAAGAAAUAAUCCCAUGUCAUCGUUGUGUGUUGGCGGCAUGCAGUGACUUUUUCAGGGCCAUGUUUGAAGUAAACAUGAAAGAAAGAGAUGAUGGAAGUGUUACCAUUACUAACCUGUCCUCCAAAGCAGUAAAGGCAUUUCUUGACUAUGCCUAUACUGGAAAAGCAAGAAUAACAGAUGAAAAUGUGGAAAUGUUCUUCCAGCUGUCAUCCUUUCUACAGGUCCCCUUCCUGUCCAAAGUUUGCAGUGACUUUUUAAUAAAAAGCAUCAGUCUCGUCAAUUGUUUGCAUUUGCUAUCUCUGUCAGACAGCUACGGCGCUACCCAUUUGUUUAGUCACACUUUAUGCUUUGUACAGAGUCACUUUCAUUUGCUAUUUAAAUCCAGAGAGUUUUUAGAGAUGAAUUUUGGAGUGUUACAAAAGUGUCUGGAGUCAGAUGAGUUAAAUGUGCCUGAAGAAGAAAUUGUCCUGAAGGUUGUCAUCACAUGGAUUAAAUACAACUUAGAGUCCAGGAGAAAGCACCUGCCUCACUUGAUUACAAAAGUAAGGUUACAUCAGUUACCCGAGGACACACUUCAAGACUGUCUGCUCAAUGAAGAGUGUUUACUCAAAAGCACAAACUGCUUUGACAUAAUUAUGGAUGCCAUUAAGUGUGUGCAAGGUUCUAGUGGCCUCUUCCCUGAUGCUCGACCAUCCACAACUGAAAAAUAUAUAUUCAUCCAUAAAACUGAGGAAAAUGGAGAAAAUCAAUAUACAUUUUGCUAUAAUAUUAAAACGGACUCGUGGAAAAUACUGCCACAAUCACAUCUUAUUGAUUUGCCAGGAUCUAGUCUGUCUAGCUAUGGAGAGAAAAUAUUCUUGACAGGUGGUUGUAAAGGGAAGUGCUAUAGGAAGGUUCGACUUCAUAUUGCUGAGUCUUACCAUGAUGCCACUGACCAGACCUGGUGCUACUGUCCAGUCAAAAAUGAGUUUUUCUUGGUUUCAACCAUGAAAACCCCAAGAACCAUGCAUACGUCAGUCAUGGCUCUCAAUCGAUUAUUUGUUAUAGGUGGAAAGACUAGAGGAUCCCAGGACAUUAAAAGUCUCUUAGAUGUUGAAUGUUAUGAUCCACUAUCCAAAGAAUGGACAUCGGUUAGCCCUUUACCCAGAGGCAUCUAUUACCCAGAAGCCAGUGCAUGCCAGAAUGUCAUUUAUGUUCUUGGAUCUGAGGUAGAGAUUGCAGAUUCAUUUAACCCAUCCCUUGAUUGUUUUUUUAAAUACAAUGCUACAACUGACCAGUGGUCUGAACUAGUAGCAGAGUUUGGGCAGUUCUUUCAUGCUACUCUAAUUAAAGCUGUCCCAGUAAACUGCACCCUGUAUAUAUGUGAUCUUUCCACCUAUAAGGUGUAUAGUUUUUGUCCUGAUACUUGUGUUUGGAAAGGAGAAGGCUCUUUUGAAUGUGCAGGCUUUAAUGCGGGUGCAAUUGGGAUUGAGGAUAAAAUUUACAUAUUAGGUGGAGAUUAUGCACCAGAUGAGAUCACAGAUGAGGUGCAGGUUUACCACAGCAGCAGGUCAGAGUGGGAAGAGGUGUCACCCAUGCCAAGAGCCUUAACUGAAUUUUACUGCCAAGUUAUUCAGUUCAACAAAUAUAGGGACCCAUGGUUUUCUAAUCAUUUCUAAAAAUAAUAUUUGCAUGAGUCUAAAAUGAUGCCUAGUAGAAUUAGUAAAAAAGUAUUUAUCUUACUUAUCACAAUAAAAUAUUCCUUCUAUUGAAGAAUGACUAGAGAUGUAUACUGUCUAUAAGUAGACAGUUACCAGAAAGUUAAAAUACAAAAUACAUUUUACCAAAGUUACAUUUAAUGUAAUUUAAUAUUGAAUAGUUCAGAAUACUUAGUAUUUUCUUAUGUAAGUAAAAAUUAUGGGUUUUGGCCCUUUGACUUUAAGGUAAAGGAUGUCAAAAAAAAAAAAAAUCAGUGUUCAUCAAUGUGUACCAUGUAGAAGGGAGAACUCUCUUGAGGAAGUGAAAAUGGCCUAUAUACUGUCACAUUAGAAAUAGGUGAGACGCUCACAUUGAACAUUGUAGGUCUAAGAAUUGUUGAAUCCCUAUCCUUUUCUGCCUGCUACUUAAAUAAUUUGAUUUUACCUUUGUUGUGGUCAGUAACUUCCUAAAAUACAUUUCUUCACCCUUCUGGUCAAUAUACUAAGAAUAGUUUGGCUUUAUUAUGGUAUAUGAUAUUAUGUACAUGUAAUAUGUAUUUGUUAUUAAGAGCAUAUUUGAGUACUUUAUAGUACUAAGCCAUUGCAAUUAAUAUUGUUUUACUUGCUACUUUAUUUGUUUUUAAUAUCAUUGUGAGACUCAGCUUUUAAUAACAUGAUAGCUUUCAUUUUUUGGUUCAAAUUUGGUAAAUUUGAAUUUUUUAUUUAAUUAUCAUCCUAAAUUGCACCAAGCUUUACUGUGUCUUAACACAUAACCCACUGAGUGAUGCCCUUGCAAUCUGAAAUGAAACUUUUAAAAUGUCCUUUCUAUAUCAUUAGUGCCUGUUCCCCCAACAUAGAGGAUAUAGGAAUUUUUAUCUCUAGAGAAGUUGGUCAUUAUAAAGUAGUGGAUUUCUUUAUGGCCUUUUAUAUAUGUUUGUUUUUAUACUUUAGUUCCUAUUCAUCUCUUCCAUUGCCUCCACCCAUCCCCCAGGUCCUACUCUAGCUAGUUUCUUCCUGUCCCCCUUUUGCUUCCAGGCCACAUGCAUUCCAUUACCCUCUCUUCUGCUCCCUUAAGAUCUUUUCCUUCCUUCAAAGUCGUCUUUCUAUUUCCAUGUCUCACAAACACAUACUGUAUACAUACACAGAUUCAGAAACAAAUCUAGAUUCUGCAUGAGAGAAAACAUACGAUUUUUGUCUUUCUGGAUUUGGCUUAUUUCACUUAGCAUAUUGACCUCUAGUCCCAUCCAUUUUCCUGCAGGUACCCUGGUUGCAUUCUUGAAAGCUGAAUAUAAUUCUAUUGUGCACAUAUACCACAUUUUUUAUAUUUAUCCAUUGAUGGUCAUCUAGGCUGAUUCUGAUAUCCUGAUAUUCUGAUAUCCUGACUGUUGUGAACAGAGUGCAGCAAUAAACAAAUGUUCAUUGAGAAUCCUCCAUGUAUAUAACCUGGAGAUGCAGUAAGAUUCCAGGGUUUAAUUAGUACCUUACCAGUUUCCUGCCAUGAGUUCUAAUUGUAAAGCACCAUGUUGUUUUAUAACUUCAGUAAAUUAUUCAAGGUGAAUCAAAAUGACAGGACUUCUGAUAUCAAUAGUUUCAAAAUCUGUCUUUGUCGGCUUCAACAAGAGCAUGACCAUUCUUGUUCAUGAGCAAGGUCAUUCUGCUUCUCAAGAGCCAAGCUUGUUUAAUUGCUGUAAAAGAUACUGCCAUUUUAGGUUUUAAUACCUCUGAUUUACAUCUUACCAAUUAUAAAGAUUGCACAACUUAGAAUUUGUGUGGUUUCCUACACUACUUUAUAAAUAUUAAUUUAUAGUAAGUGUAGCUAAUGUUUACCUAAAUGAAAGUUCUUUGAUUUUAUCACAUAAAUGCAAACACAAAUUUCAGACAUAUUUUCAAAGUAUAUUUGCAUGUAGCUUCAAAAUCAGACUAUCAGAGAUGGGCGGUGGUGGUGCACACUUUUAAUCCCAGCACUCGGGAGGCAGAG